UGUUCACACAAAUGUGUCGUGUCGUUGUGCAGGACUACAAAAACCAGUGCUGCGUAGGGGUCAGAAUUCGCUUAGAUGCCCAGUCAUCUUUUUGUUGUCGGUUCCAGUUUUUGCAAUUAAAGCAUAUUAACGAUGGCUGUUCGCGUUAUUAACGACGAAUCACAUUUCCAAGCUGAAUUGGCCCAGGCUGGUGUCCGCCUGGUAGUGGUGGACUUCACGGCCACUUGGUGCGGCCCAUGCCAAAGAAUUGCACCUAUUUUCGAGCUAUUUCCCAAUAAGUACCCAAAUGCCAUCUUCCUGAAGGUGGAUGUGGACAAAUGCCAGGACACGGCCGCUGGCCAGGGUGUGUCGGCCAUGCCCACGUUCAUAUUCUACAGAAACAGGACCAAAAUCGAUCGCAUUCAGGGCGCUGACGUUAACGGACUGGAGGCCAAGAUUCAGGAACAUAUUGGCACUAGCAGCGGCGAAGAGGCCGGCGAAGAUUAUGGCCAGGGUCUGAUGGAGCUCAAUACAUUCAUCUCGAAGCAGGAGUGCGAGUGCCUGAAUGAGGCCGACGAUCACAAUCUCAAACAUGCCCUAGCCUCAGCCGGCGGCUACUUGCAGUCCGACUGCGAUGAGCAGCUGAUCUUAUCCAUCACUUUCAAUCAGGCCGUAAAGAUUCAUUCGUUAAAGUUCAAGGCUCCGUCUCAGCUGGGUCCCAAGGAUGUGAAGCUGUUCAUCAAUCAGCCGCGUACCAUUGACUUUGAUAUGGCAGAGUCCAUGAGCAGCGUUCAAGAUCUAACCUUGGCCGAAAAGGAGCUGGAGAACGGUGCACCAGUCAAUCUGCGCUAUGUGAAAUUCCAGAAUGUACAAAACAUACAGAUCUUCGUGAAGAACAAUCAGUCGGGCGGCGAUGUGACACAGAUCGAUUAUAUUGGCUUUAUCGGCUCCCCAAUCAUGACAACAAAGAUGAACGAUUUCAAGCGUGUGGCCGGCAAGAAGGGCGAAAGCCACUAGGACAGUCACCUCAAAAAAAAAAAAACUGAAAUUUAACGUUUUUCCAAUGUUUUUGCGGCAUUUCUUUUUAAACUUUCGACUUACAACUAAGCAAUGUACAUCAAAAUGCAUAAAGAAUCAUAUAAAAACGG